AUGGCCAUGGAGCAGGGAAGAGUGACGGAAUUCGAAGGAAAGAGCCUCGACCAGAUACAAAUUGAGCCUGAAGGGAGAGCAGUAGAGAUCCUCUCACAAACGGACGGGCUAAAAGAAACUUCAAGCGGAGAACCUUCAACCAUUCAUCCAGAUGCACCCCAUGGUAGUGGCAGUGCCCCUUCUGAACGUUCCAGACCUGAAAACCAAAUCCUUCUUGUCCCAGCCCCGAGAUAUUCUUCUGGUGACGGAGCGUUGCGGUUGUGA